AUGGAUGCCACUCUAUACCUCGGUAAAGGCAACCACCACACCACCAGCGCUCUACCCAGGCGUAUCCUUCUGCUCAUCCUCUCUGUGUCCUGGGGUUUCCUCUUCCUUAUUCUCAUUGCGCUCGUGGCUGUCAUCCCAGUUGACGCCAUCGUCCAACUGAAAAACUCGGUAUAUAUCUUUAACAUUUUUGUGAUUGUAUCUGUGUGUGCAUUUUUCAUCGUGGUCACUCUCAGUAUAUACUUCAGCCGGCUCUUCCAGUUCAGGGCCGCCAUCGAGGACAUUCCCAAGCACUACAUCCCUAUCACCGAGCAAGAUUUGGGCGAUAAGGUGUUCCACUCGAUUAAAGAGAGUCUCGAGCGCACGCGAGCGGCGUUGGUGUCGCUAGGCCCCAAAGACAUCCACUUGAUCAACCAUCCAGGUUUAUCGCCUCCUGCCUAUACAGAUGAUACUUUGUCACGAAACGAAAAACACGACCCCCACGACUUUGCCCUAGAUCCAGAUAUCCACGAUGCUAUGAGUACCCUCCCUCCAAACUUGGUCUACGAAGACGUGCUCCGCUCCAUCGGGGAUAAAAUCAAGUUCGGCGACCACCAUUUUUUCAACUUGGAGAUGGCCAUUCCCGCAUACUUCUCGUUCCGCGAAAUCUUUUAUUUCCUCGGGGAAAGCCACUUUCACGACCAUCCCCAGCAGGCGAGGGUAGAGGAGCUCAUCGACGAGUUGGUUGAUUUGUACGAGCAUCUCCGGUUUAGCGGGCAGCCCAUCCGACUGGACCAGUUUGUGGACUUUAUGGCGUUGCUAAUCAUGUUUCUUCGGUACAUUUCCGUGGCACAGAACAACGAAUCUGACGACGACGACGACUACCCCAACUACGACCCCUUGUCGGUGGCUACCACUACGGGGAUUCCGUCUAUUUCUGGGUACUCUAUAUCCGAUAAGGCUCCGUCGAGCUGGCAGCCGCAAUCUCGCACGAAUCUAGCCGGAUACCAGUCCUCAGUCAGUGCGAUGCGUCUUCCCAGAAAGAGUUUCGGAAACCGGUCGGACUUAUCGUUUGACCUUCAUGACUUUCUCAACCAUCCCCGUGGUUCGUUUACCGGAAACCUCAUGGAUGUCAACACCAUUCCCAAGUUGUUUGUGGGCUCCCAGGCCGACGAAACGGGCUCCGGUGUGUAUCAGGUGGCCAGAAGGAAUAGCCCCGCGACGGGCGAGCAAUCGGAGGUGUUUAGGAGGAGUAAGGGGGCGAGGAGUGUUUGUCUGGAUUUAAUUGAUGAUCGGUCUAGCGGUGACGAUUCGGUUUACAAGUUCAGAGGGAAAGCUUCCAACCACAAGAGACCACCGUCUGUGGCAAGACACGAGUCGGAUUCAUCAGGGCUAUCCGUUAGGCGAUACUCGCCGGCUAAGGGCCGGACCAAUCCGUUUGAGAGCUCAAACUCCAAUGGGUAUUAUUCCCAGUCAAGCACCAACUACGACAUACCAUACUACUCGAGACGGUACUCCGGUAGUAGUUCCGAUAGACUGGUUGUUGUUAAACCUCGAGCCGAAAGCCAGUGGGAGGUUAGGCCACGUGAAGGGUCUGCUUCCUCGUCCGUGCGAAUUUCUGAGCUUGUGAUACCGCUACAUCAGACGGUCAGUUACCCUGAAAGCAGCAACUCCAGAUCAUACGAUGGGGAUACCCUGGAGAACGAUUCAGCGUACCAUUCGGCUCCGCGGCUUCCGGCCCAAGACGAUCGUCAACCAGAUUCUCGAUCAGCCUCGCCUCAAAGGAAGAGGGAUCGGUUGAGGGGAAUCGCGGAUUUUAGGCGGAGUCAAUACAGAAACUCCAGGGAUUUCAGCGAUGGAACUGAGGAUGUUGGUAUCGGCUCAACUGAUGAAGAGACGGCCAGUCCAUCGGCCGAGCGAAUGAAACGGAAAAUCAAGAGAGUGUGGGGGAAAACACGGGAGGACUAUCUGUUCCCAUCUGCUACGAACCUCUCGUCUCUACGCUUUAAGAGUGUCCGAGAGGAAGAGCGGUGA